UAUUGCUACCUUUGCCACAAUGGAGCUAAAUACUUAUUUGAGUGCUAUUCCUGCCCUUGCAUGGUGUGUGACCCCUGCUUAGGAUUAGCGCAGUGGCUCAUGGACAAGGCCUGUGCCAAGGACAUAGACUUCCAGUGUCCCAGUUGCCAUGAACUUGAAGAGGGUGGUGCAAAGUGCAAAGAGCUACAUCCAUACUUUCCAUUCAUGCACACAGUACUCAGGAAGAGAAUUCCCAUGUUGGAUAAGCCAGUCAUCAUCUCAGGGAUUUGUAAAAGGGCAUCUAAGUCUCAAGUGUGUGCCAGGUCCACCCUUAUUCUUGAGCUUGUCUGCACAGGAGUGGAAAUUCAAGGUUCAUUGCCAUCACUCCUCAACAUGACCAUUGAGGAAUAUCACACAAGAAACUCCCUUCUGUAUCAAAAAAUAAUCUUCGAUUUUGGUACAGAUCAAAAGUUUAGUCAGUGGAGUAUGAGGAUCAAAAAACUGGGUGAAAAGUUGGGCAUGUAUGCCUUCAAGCACAAGAUCAUAUUCAUUACUGUCCAUAGCAAAGUCACCUGUAGUGACCUGUUUUCAGGGAAGGGUGAGAGUGGUAAGGAUGUUGCAAUGGAGGUUGGCAAGUUCAUGAAAUGCCUGUUUACUUCUCCUCUGCAAAACAUGGUCUAUGGUUCUAUGCUGUUUAUGUUGACUUGUGGCCCCAUGGUUUCCUUUGAACAAUCAUUCACAGCAUUGAAGCAAUCUAUUGUGCAACUCCAGCCAGAGUAUAUGGUCGCAUUCACCACCAAGGAUUUCCUCAAUGCAGUCAUCAAAAUUUUCAUUGUGUCAUAUGGUGUCAAAGUCUUGAUUGAAGGACAUGCUCUGGAGAACAUUAUCCAUGACCUACUUGACAUCUCACUCGAACUUUGGAUGCACACUGAUGUGAUGCUCUUUCAUCUUUCAGGCCUAGGAUUGCCAAGGGUGCCAUGGUUACUUAGCCCUGCCCCACUCACUGCUGCCCCUCUCCUCACCAUAUACAGGUACUCAUGGUACCACAGCCAUCAGCACCCAUGGGGCACAUCUCUAUCCAUGGGCUGCAAGUGUGCCUUUGAAGUGCAUACUCAGCCUCUACUGGUUGAAUAUGACAUGCUCCAUGGCAACCCUACAUCUGGGUGGCUCAAAUACACUGUUUGCGCUGCAGUGCCACUGUGAUUUUGUGCAUUUGUCUG